AUGCCGCUGCAGAAGUCAUACUCUGAGCGCGUCGGGUUGGCUAAAAACCGACAACCCUGGCAGCGGUCGCAUAGUCACCCUGUCAACCUGCAAGCGCUGAAACAAAAGCUCCCCCCCGUAUCCGAGGAUACGAAGAACAAGCUCAGCGCAUUUCAAUAUCAGCAUAAAGAGGAUGAUUCGGCAGGUGAUGAUGGCAAGGACGGCGGUGCUGGCGAACCGACGUUCGAGAGUGGCGACAAAGAUAUCCUGACUACGCCACUCACCAGGUUGAACUGGCGAGAUCUCAUGGAACCCAGCGGGCCUGUUGAGGAAGAGGCCGAUAUCUCGCCAAACGACAAGAUUCUGUGGGACAACAAGCAGGACCCUGCCCAUAUCGGGACCCUGUCUCCAAUGAUGGCUCGCAAGCGAAAGCGUGCUAGGAGUUCGUCGCCGAUUUCUUCCCCCUCGGCGGGCAAGCCAAACACGCCGGCGGUCAAUGUCGAAAAACUGACCAGAGCACUCAAAUCGCCUCAUGCCGAUCCGACUCUGGAGUUGUGGGAUCGAUACUCGCUAAGACCCGACAACGCAGCGUCACCGAUGGGCAACAUGAAUCCGACCCUGGCACAGCUGAUGGUCUCCUCUUCGCCGAAAUCUUUUAGCAAGGAUGCGUCCCUGUUAAAGGGCGAGGGAGCCCUGAGGCGUGCUGUGAGCUGCGGGCUGAACUGGCCAAAAAAGAGGAAGAUUGAAAAGUCAAAACUGGGGAGCCAGAGCUCUGGUGAGCAGAGAGAAUUGGAGGCUGCGUCGAAAUCUUCCUUGGUCACCGCGUUGCUCGAUACGGUAAACUGUACUUUGCACACGGGUCCGGAGGAACCCCAGCAGCGUACGGAAUCCCCAUCACCGAAUCGGACGACUGCAGUCUCCCCACACCAGCCUGUCGCUUGCGGACUGGAACCAGCGACGUCCGACUACGGCGACGACGACUUUGACGAGGAUACCUUCAUAGAACUCGAGGCGACUAUGCAUGCCGGCCCGGUGAGCCCAACGACAGUGAAGCCGGCGAAGCUGAAAUCAACCGAGUCGAGCGAGAGGAAGCCAAGAAUGGUGGGAGAGUUUGAUGAUGUUGAUGAUUGCCUAUUCGACAACGAUGAACUACUCGUCGCAUCGCAACCCGCACCUUUGAAUGCGAGCCCAGCAAAGACUACCAUGACGUCUCAACGAACAAAGACAAUAGCUCCAGGGAGUCCGUCCGAUGAGUUUGGCUUCGACUUCGAUGGUGAUAUCGACUUCGACGCUGUUGAACUGGCCGCCACCCAAUCAAUGCAAAAUCCGGAUGCGCCCUCAGCAACAACCGGUCAGAAAGCCAAGACGAUUCAGCGUUACCUAGUCAUGAGCCUAUUAGAGGGCGAAUACGUCGAUCAGUACGGACAGCCACGCCCCGAGAAGAUUCUCAUCAUCCAAGCCGACAGUUCAAAGAUAACUAGGACGGUGCAUCUCCGAGGCUCCUGGUUUGGCACACCUGCUCAUGCGGAGUCGUAUGUGCAUGUCAUUGGCGAUUUCUCCGCCAAGGGCCAGUGCAUCGUCGACGAUGCACAGAACCUCCUUAUCCUCCACCCAGACCAGCUCAUCUCAUCCACCGUCGUGGCAGAUUCUUUUGGCUGCAUGCGUCGAGCAGUGCUACAGGACCGGGUAAAAGCCACCAGCCAGGCAUCGCCGCCUCUCGUCUACGGCACCAUCUUGCAUGAAAUAUUCCAAGAAGCGUUGCUCGUCAAUAAAUGGGACAUUCCUUAUCUCACCGAAGUGAUCGAGAAGAUAACCAGUGCGCACGUUGAGGAUCUAUAUACGAUCAAAGUGGAAAUGCCGAUCGCGAGGGAGUACCUCCUGUCAAAGAUGACGGAGCUUAGCUACUGGGCCAAGGCGUUUGUGUCAUCGAAGCCCAAGGCCGACGCAGUCGUCGAGGAUCGUCACGGCAAAAGGGCUACCAUGGCCAUCACCAAAUUGCUUGAUGUCGAGGAGCAUGUAUGGUCCCCAAUGUACGGACUCAAGGGCAAUAUAGACGCCACUGUGGAAGUCGCCAUGAUGGAUGGCAAACAAACUCGUCAUUUGACCGUACCGUUCGAGGUCAAGACUGGCAAGCAUGCCAACAGCAAUCACAUCGCGCAGACGGCCUUGUACACCUUGCUCCUCUCUGACCGAUACGACAUCGACAUUGCCUGCGGCAUUCUCUACUACAUGGAGACCUCCAAAACAAUACGAGUCCCCGCAAUCCGACAUGAGCUGCGGCACAUGAUCAUGCAGCGAAAUCAGCUGGCAUGCUAUAUUCGAGAGCGAAGCGUCCAACUCCCGCCGAUGCUGAAGAGCAAACACAUGUGUGGCAAGUGCUAUGCCAAGACAUCGUGUUUCAUCUACCAUCGACUGGCUGAUGACGGAGAUGGAGAGUCCAGCGGCAUGAACGAGAAGUUUGACGAGCUCGUGGUGCAUCUUACGCCCAUUCACAAACAAUUCUUCAUCAAGUGGGAGAACCUGUUAACAAAGGAGGAAAAGGAAAGCCAGAAAAACAAGCGUGAGCUGUGGACGAUGACGAGCAGCGAACGAGAGAAGAAGUCCCGAUGCUUUGCUGAUGUGAUCAUCGAGGAGUCAUCGGCCUCGGUGGAUAUGGACAACCCGCGCAUAAACCGGUUCCAUUAUUCCUUCAUAAAACGAUCUCAGCAGCCUGGUUUCUCCUUUUUGGAGUCGGAGCUCUCCGUAGGCGAGCCCAUUGUUGUGUCAGAUGAAGACGGGCAUUAUGCACUAGCGAUCGGCUACGUAACCUCUGUUCGAAAGCAAAGGAUUAGUGUCGCUGUCGACCGAAGGCUGCACAACGCUCGGAUUCGACAGCCCGGUUUCGACGAGGCUGACAACCAAGUGUUUGCCAGCAUCAUGGAGGUGGCAUCGGAAGGAUCGCCAGCAGACCAAACCCGGGGCAAGAUAAAGGCGCCGCCAAUUCGGUACCGCCUAGAUCAGGACGAGUUUAGCAACGGAAUGGCAACGGUCAGGAACAAUCUUGUCCAGAUGAUGGCCAAUGACUUGCCAGCUGCUGCAAAGAUACGGCGAUUGAUUGUCGAUCUGACACCUCCUCGCUUUAAGUCGGUGCCGACGCAGUACACCCUCGCAGAUCGAGACAGCCUCAAUGUCGAUCAGAAACGAGCGAUUGAGAAAGUUAUGAGUGCGGAAGAUUACGCGUUAGUCCUUGGAAUGCCAGGCACGGGCAAGACGACAACCAUUGCUCACAUCAUCCGCGCUCUCGUGUCACAAGGCAAGAGCGUGUUGCUUACGUCCCAUACGCAUACAGCCGUCGACAACAUCCUGCUGAAAUUGAAGUCGGACAAUAUCCCAAUUCUCCGUCUAGGAGCACCGGCCAAGGUCCACCCCGAUGUCCAGGAUUUUGCUCAUUUAGCGGGCCACUCCAAGACGACGCCUGAGGAGAUCAAGGAAGCCUGGCACGGGACGCCGGUUGUUGCAACAACUUGCCUCGGCAUCAACCAUGCCGUGUUCUUGGAACGAUCAUUCGACUACUGCAUCGUCGACGAAGCGUCGCAGAUUACCUUGCCCAUCUGCGCGGGACCUAUUCGGAUGGCCAACUCGUUCGUUCUCGUUGGUGAUCACAACCAGCUGCCGCCUGUAGUCAGAAACGAAGCGGCUCGAGAGGGUGGACUGGACGUGAGUCUGUUCAAGCUCUUGUCUGAUGCUCACCCCGAGUCCGUCGUCCACCUAGCGCAUCAGUACCGCAUGUGCGAAGACAUCAUGACACUGAGCAACACCCUCAUUUAUAAUGGGAAGCUGCGUUGCGGAUACGAAGCCCUGCGGAAGAAAAAGUUGGACAUUCCCCAAAUAAAGGCCCUUAGUCAUGUGCAUUACGAUGCGUCCUCACUCAUGCGACCGGGAACACCAAGAACUUUCUGUACUGGGCCUGCCUCAUCACAAUGCUGGUUGUACGCCCUCCUCGAUAGCGAGGCCCGGGUCCGCUUCGUCAAUACGGACACAGUUCAGCCCAUGGUUCGCGAAGAGGCCCACGGAAAACGCAUCGUCAACUCGUCAGAGGUACGCAUUGUGUCACAGCUGGUCGAGAGCCUUCUCACUGUUGGCGUCCCGGCCAGCGAGGUCGGCGUCAUGACCCACUACCGGGCCCAGCUGUUCCUUCUCAAGGAAAAGCUCAAGGCAUACGCCGGCGUGGAGAUGCACACAACAGAUCGGUUUCAAGGGCGAGACAAAGAUGUCAUCGUACUUAGUCUCGUCAGAAGCAACGAGGCCGGCAAUAUUGGCGAUUUGCUCAAGGAUUGGCGGAGAAUAAAUGUGGCGUUUACUCGUGCAAAGUCGAAACUCCUCGUUGUCGGAAGCCUGAAUACGCUGAAACACAGCGGCAAGGAGAAUAUGCUCAGCCAGAUCAUCACACUGAUGGAAGAGCGUGAUUGGAUUUACAACCUGCCCGCAAACGCUCUUGAUAGUCACUGCUUUGAGGAGCUCGGAACACCCCCAACGACCGUGGGUGCCACGCAAAUAAACAGAUCGCCCAAGGAAUCGCUCAAGGCAGCGACACCCAGCCAACAAGGAAAGGAGAACCGCCGGCCUUCGCCCAAAAGAGCGCGGGUCGGCGAAAGAGUGCUGCUCAAGGACAAGAUCAUCACGAGGGACAUUCUCAACGCCAUGACCAACGGCGCAUUUUAG